CGUCUCCCACCCCUUUUCACUUUCCCCUUUCACACUGAUUCGUCAGCCAGAGACCAAGCCACGCCUCUUUUCCCACAGUCCGCUUAGUGGUUGGACUGUGAUAGCUGUCAGUCAGAGAACGGGUGGGCGUGUCUUGGCGGUGGGUUGCGUAGCAGCAGCAGCAGCUCUGUGAGACCGGUGGUGGCGUCAGCUCCUGUCAGGGGCAAACGGAGAGACGGAGCGUCCGGGCACCGGAGACUCCCUGCCCCGGGAGAGGCGGCGUCCACUCCUCUGGGGUUGGGGCUAGUCACGAGUUUAAGCAAACACUGCACAUAAGGAAACCUAACAGCAUAGAUUCACAUAAGACAGGCCUUCAACAUUUGCAGCCCAUGUGAGCAGUGUCUAGUGUUGUGAUGAGCGAUGGGGUAUGAUGUAACACGUUUCCAGGGUGAUGUCGACGAAGAUCUUCUCUGCCCCAUCUGCAGUGGGGUUUUGGAGGAGCCAGUUCAAGCUCCUCAUUGUGAACACGCCUUUUGCAAUGCUUGCAUAACACAGUGGUUCUCCCAGCAGCAGACCUGUCCAGUGGACCGCAGUGUUGUAACUGUAGCCCACUUACGCCCCGUACCGCGCAUCAUGCGGAAUAUGCUCUCCAAGCUGCAAAUUACAUGUGACAACGCGGUUUUUGGCUGUACCACCAUUGUCCGACUUGACAACCUCAUGUCUCACCUUAACGACUGUGAACACAAUCCAAAGCGACCAGUGACAUGUGAGCAGGGAUGUGGCCUGGAAAUGCCCAAAGAUGAACUGCCAAACCACAACUGCAUAAAGCAUCUUCGCUCGGUUGUGCAGCAACAGCAGACUCGUAUAGGGGAGCUAGAGAAAGCGGCAGCGGAAAACAAGCACCAGCUGUCUGAGCAGAAACGGGACAUCCAGCUGCUAAAGGCAUACAUGCGAGCUAUCCGCAGUGCCAACCCAAAUCUACAGAACUUAGAGGAGACGAUAGAGUAUAAUGAAAUUCUAGAGUGGGUAAACUCCUUACAACCAGCACGUGUGACCCGCUGGGGUGGAAUGAUCUCAACACCAGAUGCUGUUUUACAAGCGGUCAUAAAGCGGUCACUAGUGGAAAGUGGCUGCCCAGCAUCUAUAGUGAAUGAGCUGAUAGAGAAUGCCCAUGAACGCAACUGGCCACAGGGCCUGGCUACACUUGAGACAAGACAGAUGAACAGACGAUAUUAUGAGAACUAUGUGGCGAAGCGGAUUCCGGGAAAGCAGGCUGUAGUGGUGAUGGCCUGUGAGAACCAACACAUGGGAGAGGACAUGGUACUUGAGCCAGGCCUGGUGAUGAUAUUUGCUCAUGGUGUUGAAGAAAUUUAAAUUCAGACAGAUGAAUAUAUUUCAUAAUUUGCUUCUACAUAUGCUCCAUCCUGUUUAGGAGGCAUGGUGUUCUACCCUAGGCUUACAAUCGAAUGUCUCCAGAUCCCACUCUUGCCACUGGUACCUGCUAGUCGAGUGCUGGGGGUUGAUUUUCCAUUGUUGAUUUUUGUGAUGAAGACUCUGUCCAGGCCAAGCCGUGUUUUAAUUGUUGGUGACUUUCACAAUACACUAUGGCCAAGCCACCAACCAGAACCAAUCCCAUCCAAGUCCAUGUACAUUUCCUUCCCACCGCUUAAUGUGAUUGUAUUAGCCUAUCAGGAGCGACACAAACUUCAACAACUUGGUAAAAUGCAGAUUGGAGACAAAGCUACGCACUAUGAAGAAGGGGCAUUGUGACAGAACUAUGGGCAUUUUCGGUGGGAGGUGCAGAGGCACGCUCUUACAUCACUGGUAUCUGCUGCAGGAUAUAUGCUGAACUUGUGUAGACCACCUGGGACUCGGACUGUGCAGAGAGUUCUGUGAAAGCAGGCUAGAAGAAAAAAGUUGAUUAUUUUUUUAAUCCCUCAAUCACUUUACACUAGUGUUAGCUCAGUUUGUUUUGGCUGAUGUCACAUGAAAAUAUCAGCAGUAUGCAGAAGAUAAUGCAGCCAUUAGGCAAAAAGCCAGACAUUCAUUCUGUUACAUGCAUUUUCCAGUCUUAGGGGUCAAUCCAAUUGUCAGUGAUGAUCUCGCGGGUGCGAGUCAUCGCAGCAGCGGCCGCAGUUUAAGGCAACCCGAACUCGCACAAAAGUGCUCACCAGCUGAUAGGGCUGCGGCCAAUUUUGAGCAAGUGUGGGCCCUCGAAGGGAGCGAGAUUGGGUGCCAUUGCCGUGUUAAAAUGCAACGACAUAUCGCACGCUUCGCACCUAAUUGAAUUUACCCCUUAGAUGUGGACAGAAAAUAGAUAAAAAGAAUGAAUGCAAUAGGUGGUUACUUGUGUAUGUGUAUGGGAGCACUUGCUAUGUUGUGAGUUCUGUGAAGAUGUUUUUUUUUUUUCGUUUACACAAGGAUGCAUGUACUGUGGUGCACAUAUAGAAAUGUCAUUUAUUAUUCGCCUUAUGUAUGAAGAAUGUGUUCAGGAAACAAGUUGUUUGUGUAUUAUUUUCUGGCAAUGGGCUUGUGUACAGCACUAUUCAUAAUUGCAAUGCUCCAUCUUUAAUUGUAUUUUUUUUUUCUUGUUUUGUUCUUUUUCUCCUUGAAGCAUUCUUGUACAUAUUUUGUGGGAUUGCCUUUUUCCCUUCUGUUAAUUUUUAGUUUAGGUGAGGAUGUCAAAUGUGAGGGCUCAUUCUGUGAGGUGAGAGAUUAUUUUUUCACAGCCUUAAAGGGGAAGUGUGUAUGUGUACUUUUUUAUUUUUUUUAUUUUUGUAACAUAAUUUGCUCCACCACCUAAUCCCCCAAAAAAUAAAGCAAUGAAUGCAGACUGAUGAAACCAUAAAUCCAUGGUGAUUUGCAUGUAAAACAUGUUCCUCAUAAGAGUAAUUUUGUUUUUGUUUUUUACUAUUACAUAGACUAAAACUUGAAGUUAAUGCAGAGCACAUCUGUGUCUCCUCUAUGCUCCAAAACCAUUUGUCUGUUUUUUGGGGGGGGUUUUUUUUUUUUUUUUUUUUGCUCAUUGAUUUUGUGAAAGCUUUAUAUGUUUUUGUUUCAAUGUCAUGUUUAGUAUUUGUUCUACAGUAUCUUUGUAUGUAUGUUUCUUUGAUCUGUCUGUAUGGUUUCUGUGUCUGUUUUUAAUAUACAUAAACAGUUUUUUGAUA